AUGGUGAAGGCAGCAGCAAAACAAUUAGUGAAAGUGGAACAACAGCGAAAUGAGCAAGGAAAAUAUGAUAUAAAACUAGCCGGGCUUGAUUUUGAUUUGCAACUUAACAGUGAUACAAAAUCAUCAGUAAAUGAACCUAAUAAAAUAACCGGCGAAAUCUUCAAUGAAGUAUUUAAAAACAUAAUCGGUGCUAAUAACCCACCUUCUAGAGAUGGCUAUUAUCAAUCAUCUAUACCAGGGGGAUUGGGCAAGUCAACUUUUAUGUGCCGCUGUGCGGCUCACAACGCCAAAAAGCAAGGAGCAACCUUAGUGACUAAUGAUAAAAAAUUAGCGCAAUCACUACUCGAUUCUCAUGAAUGGUUAUCGAGAGGAGAAGAUACGACAAAAGAUGCCGAAGGAAAUAUAAUCAAUGAUCCAAGUAAAAGAGUAAGCAUUUGUGAGUUAUGUGGAGGAAGUCAUAUACACUAUGAAACAAAACUUAAUGCGGAAAUAUUUUUCGAUGAGGCUCAUUCUGACCAUCCUGGUCAUCAUAAAAUGAUAGAGGGAUUUAAAAAUAUGGGGAAAAAAAGAGGAUUUGAAAUGGUAGCGAUGUCAGCUACUUUGCCCAAUAUACCUACCGGCAUAGCAACUGAUGGGGAAAUAAAAAGCUUUUAUGUGGUUGAUUUUGAGAAAUUUCUGGAAGAAAACCCAAAAGUAUUCGAGAAAAAAAGUAUUAUUUUUUGUGAUGAAAUGGAUAAGCUAGAACUCAAUCAUUUGACUAAGAAUGGAAUCAAAUACCUCGAAUUGAAUGACGCUCACCAAGAUAUUGCUGCCGAUAUGGUAAAAAAUGCUCCGCCUUCUACUCUUUUUUUUGCUAGCAGUGAUUAUGGCCCGGGAUUUACUUAUGACGAUAUUAAUGUUAUUUCCACUGGGGCAGCCAAAAGAAUCAAGGUAACAUUAGACCCAAGCAAUUCAAGCAAAUUGCAAGCAAAAAAAAUAACGGGAACCAGUGAUUUCAAUGAUGCAAUGCAAGAACGGUUCCGAGUUGGUCUUGGUAAACAUGAACGCGGUAGUUUUAGAGGAGAGCUGAAUAAACCUGGCAAUUUUGCUAAUGACACGAUAGAAAAUUACUUCAAACUACUUAAGUUAGGAAGUAGUGCAAAGAAGUCAGACACAGAAGAAAAUGAAAAAGACUUGAAAGAACUUAUAGAGUUUGUUAGCAAACCUAAAAUAGUCAAUCUGCCAAAAGAAGAGGGCAUUAAUUGUCUCGCGGCAACCUUAUCAAGAGAGUUAAAAAAAUUUUUCGAAAAAAGAAAUCCUGACCAAUACGACUUUGAAUUCAAAAAUAAAACCUUGAUGAAAUAUUUCCAAGAAAACCAAAUUGCUGAGAUAUUAAGGAAAGUCACUUCGGAGAAAAUAACUGAAUAUGCAAGAAAUUACGAAGGUGUCUUUGAUAGCAAGCAAGAAGCCGAAACAGUUGGUUUUCUUUCCCAAGCCCAGCAAAAGUAUAAAACAGAACUAAUUAAUAAUGAAAAAGGAACUCUUGCUGGACUAAAAUUUACCUUUGAACCUUUUGUAGUUGUCGAGGACCAGCAGGAGGAAGUAGACGAGAUGGAAGUGGAUUCGAGAGAAGAAAACAACAAUAUUUUAAGAGCAAGAAUAGUGAAAUUGGAGGCGGAAAAUAGUAAACUAAAAAAUCAACUUGAAAACGAGGAGGAAAAUGAGUUGAAGGAAACCACGCCAACAGAAGGAGAUGCUCAGAAACUAAAAAAACGGAACUUUUUCGGAGAAAUUGAAAAGAAAACUCUAGAGUUAAAGGUUGCUAAAGAAAUUGCCGAUGAAUUAACAAGUAAACUAAUCGAAACUCAGAAAGAAGCAGAAAAAACCAAUAAAUUAGUUGAGGACUUGGACACUGUUAGGAGAGAAUUAAAAAUUCAACAAGACAGUAAAACUAAGGCGAUUCAAAAUGCCGAAAAGGUUCAAAAACAAGUCCAACAAGCCCAAGCCACAAUUACUAUUUUAGAAAAACGUCCUGAAACUACUCAAGCGAAUUAUGACGAAUUAAAGAACCAUGUUGGCACCUUAAAGAAAAAGAUAAAACAACAAGAAAAUCAACUUGCAACUGCCGAAGACCAAAUUAAGGCUUUGCAAGACAGUUUAAAAGAACGUGCUAAAAUCGGUUCCGUUGCCUUCACUGUACUGCGGAACGGCAUCGACACUUUAAUCGAGGAGAAAGAAAGUUUAAUCACGGCUAAAGCGAAUUCCGAAAGAUUGCAAGCUCAAACCCAAAUUGAAAGGGAUAGACGUCCAAAUAUUACUUGCUCAACUUAUAAUAAUUUGAAACGCGAGAACGAAAGUUUGGCAACUCGUCUCACGCUCACUCAAGAUAAUUAUGAUGAAUUACAAAAGCAAAAUGAAAUUUUAAAGAAAAAAAAUGAAGAACUAGAAAAGGAAUUGAAAUCAGCAGAAAAUAAGGAAAAAGAGUCAGUGUCUGAAAGAAAGGCUCUAGCAGACAAAAUUAAUAGUGAAAGAAAAAAACAAGGCCUUAUUAGAAAAGAAAGUAAUUAUAAAUUUCAGUGUUUUAAGCAAGCUGCUUUUAUAUUUGAAUCCAUUGCAGCAAUUUAUUAUUAUCGCGACAGUAUUUACUCAGUUAGCGAACGAGCUGUAGGAACUUUUUCUCAAAUCCGCAAUACUUAUGGACCUGGUGGCACUUAUUAUAAUACUUCUUUAACAUUACAACCUGGAAUAAAAUCAAAAAAGUUAACUGAUAAAGCAACUACAAAUAACGAGACUGAUAGCGAAGCAGAACAAUUUUUUGACGCUCUCGAAAAGAGAUUAGAAAACACUACUCAGAAUCAGAAAUUAAUUAAAGACAAUAUUCCCGAACUGUUUAAUAAUGAUACAGUAAUUGCAGGCGAACUAAAAAAAUUAGCCAAUAUUCGGACUAACUUGGGGGGAAUAGAGGAUGAUUUGGGAAUUAAAGAACCAGCGGUAGACAAAGAAAAAAUCGGAGAAAUAAUUAAUAAUAAAAUUCGGGAAUUAAAAGUAAAAGGGGAGAAUAUUGAUAAAGUGCAAAAAAUAGCUGACAAAUAUAAAGAUGCUUCAAUAAUUUUGGGGGUUAAUCCAGACUUAAUAAACGCUAGUUUGCGGGAAGAAGUUGAUAGAAUUAAGGAAGAAUUAGCCAGAGAUGAACUAGAAGUAAAAGUAACACUCGAGGCUGCGUUGCGUGAAACCCAAGAACUUUUAAAAUGUAGUGAAGGAGGACGAAAUUUAGCGGAACGGGAAUUAGAUGUCUAUCAAGGCCAAUUAGCCGAACUAGACCGAGAAUUUAGGCAAUUAAGCAUAAAAAAUCAGGAAUUAGAAAAUAUAAACUCCCAAUUAGCAACUGUCAAAGCAGCAGCCGAAGAAAAAAACGGAUUAUUAAAAACCCAAUUAGCGGAGGAACAAACCGAAGCGAACAGAUUAGUCGAGGGGAAACUUACCCUAGGAAGCGAGUUAGAGAGUUUGAAGAAAAAUAAUGGUGAAUUACAACAAAAACAAGCCAGUUUAGAAAAUGAAUUGCGAGGAAAAAGCAGCGAAAUUACUUCCUUGAAUGGUCGGAUAGAGGGAUUAACAACCAAAUUAGCAAGUUUGACCCAAGGAGAGACAGAAUCCAAAGCAAAAAACCGAAGUUUAACGAACCAAUUGAGGAUUGAAAAAACCAGGACGAAAGAAUUGGCAAGACAGCAAGGAGAAUUAGCAAAGGAGAAUAAUGGAUUAAAAGCCGAACUAGGGAGUUCAGCGACAGCACUAGAAAAUUUAAAAAACUCAACAAGCCGAAAAGUAACUGAGUUAGAAACAGAAAUUAGUCAGUUAAAGGGGACAAGAAAUGAUGAAGUGGAAGCGGUGGGAGAAUUAACGACCCAAAUAGAAACAUUAAGAGGUCAAUUAGCCGACCAAGAACAAGAAAAAGGCUUAUUAAACAAGGAAAAAAAUGAAUUAGCAAGCAAAAAUCUUUUAUUACAAGGACAAUUACAAGAAACUAAAAAAACUUUACAAGAACAAAAGGACGAAAAUAAAGAAUUACAAGCCAAAAAUCAGCAAAUUAAAGAGGGAGAGAAUAUUAUUAAAGGAGAAUUGGAGACCAACCAAGUUAAAAUUGGCGAACUGGAGGGCAAGGCUGAAACUCUAACUAGUCAAGCGGCAAGUCUGAAGACUGAAUUAAAGGAAAAAGGGGAAGAAUUAUCGGAUAAACUGGGACAAUUACAACUAGCGAAAGAAGCAAAUGACAGAUUAGCAAAAAUAAAUAAAGAUUACCAGCAGCAAUUAACUAAUAAAGAACAAAAACUAAAUGAAAUUAAAGAAAAAAAUGAGAAGUUAGCAAAGCGUCCUAAUAUUAGCCAAACAGAUUAUAAUAAUUUAGUAAACGAAAGGAACAGGUUAAAAAAUCAAUUACAAGAAAGAAACAAAUUAUUAACCAAAAAAGAGGAGAAUGAGGCAGGAUUAAAAAAAGGAAACUUGUCUUUACAAGCAAAAAUUAACCGAUUGAUAAUAGCAAGGAAUAGCCAACAAGAAAGUAUAAAUAAAUUACAAACAGAGUUAGAAGAAGCAAAUGAGAAAGCGGGUAAUCUUAAAAAGGAAUUAACUGCUAAAAAUGGAGAAAUAACCAACUUAAAAGACCAAGCCAACCAUUUAGCAAGUCGACAAAAAGAUUAUGACCAAUUAAUAAAGCAAAGAAGCAAUUUACAAAACGAGUUAACGGAAGCAAAAGCGGCAAAGACCAAGUUAGAAAAACAACUAACUGGCGCUAACCAAACUCAAGCGAAAAUAAACACUGAAUUAGAAGCAGCCAAAGGCAAAAUAAGCGAACUGGACGACAAAAUUACUAUUCUCAAUUCUCAACUAACCAAAAAAGACGAACAAACUGAAGAGUUAAACACUCGACCUACCCAAGAUGUUUAUGAUGACCUUGCUAACCGAUUAAAAACUGACCAUGACCUGUAUCAGCAACAGGCCAAACAAAGUGCGGAAACGAUUACUGAACUCCACCAACAAAUCACAACUUUAAGCACGGAACGGGAUCAGUUAAAGGAGAAACAAACUGCCACCGAAAACAAAAUAACUUCUUUACAAGAGCAAUUAAAUAAUAAAGGCCGAGAAUUAGACAAAAUUAAAGAGAAAAAUAAUACCGAACUGGAAAAAUGUCUUCAAGAAGUUAACACCAAUGCUAUUUUAAAACGCGAACGGGAUAAUUAUAAAGACCAGUUAGAUAGUCAUGUUUGUCCAACCUUUUCUUGCCCUCAUGCUGACUAUGAACAAAUUAAGAAUGAACGAAAUAAUUACAAGUCUCAACUCAAUAAUCAUAAUUGUUCAAUGCUUGCUUGUCCGCAAAUUUGUUGUCAGAAUGGUGAUUAUGAUGCCAUUAAGCAAGAGUUAGAAGAAGCAAAAACUAAAAAUUCCCAAUUAGAAGCCCAAAUAGUGCACAAAUUAAAUGCUGAAUUAAACCUCCAAUUAACUGAACCUAAUAAUUUAGAAGAAGUGAUUACUAGACUACAAGAGUUACUCCGCAAACCGGGUAAUUCCUUAACCAUAACUGAGUUAGAAAAGAUUAUGUCAUUUGAUUUCCAAAAUUUAGAGAAGAUUUUUAAUAUCCAACUAUCUGCCGAAACUAUUGAGAAAAUGAAAGUCGUCACUACUUAUCAACAAUUUGCUACUAUUCGCAAUGAGCAAAUUAAUCAACAUUUCAUGCCCAAAAUUAAUGAUUUGCAGAGUUUAAAAGUGGAAAAGGCCACACUAAUCAAACAGCAAAAGAAUGAAAGAGUAAUCUGA